AUGCUUCAGGUUGAAAAACAAAGAACAAAAGUAGCAGAUACAAAACCGUUAGACUAUAUCUUUACAAAUGCUGGUAGAACUAUUUCAGAUGAAGAAAUUUCAUCCCGAGUAUACAGGUUUGACUAUCCAGUUCGUUGGCUUCAAAGUCCUUCAGAUGCAAAGGCAAUAGGAUUUAGAAGAGUUUUGUUUUCAAAUAGAACUAACGCGUUUAUGUUCGCAGUAUAUUUUCAUGGGCAGUAUAAAGGUUCUGAUGGUCUAAUAGACAAAUUUGACGAAAUGAGAAUCUUUACAGUUCGUUCAGACGAAAGUCUUGAGAAAACUCUAAAUGACUUUCAAACUCAAAUGAACAAAUAUUAUUGGGAAUUUCAAGAAAAAUACGACUCUUUACUAAAUGGAACAUACUAUCUGAAACUAGAAUAUGACAAGAUGAACUCCACCGUUUCAUUUCAAAA